AUGCCUUAUCUAUUUACUGGGUAUCCCUUAGAUGAUCUAUACCUAGGGCUGGAUGAUGACAUAGAAUAUGUUUCUCCGUCAUCCAGAUCACCGGAUGUCUUGGCUGCAAUGCCCAAUCAAUCACCUCUGGCUCAAGCUGAUCAUCCAGGUUUCCUCAUUGAUCCAGACUUGUACCUUGGGCCUGAGGAUGAUAUAAUUGAUGUGGAUGAGUUGCUGGAUUCUGCUGAUCCUAAGAUUGAUGUUCCAGCUGCAUCAGAAGUGUCUAUGUCAUUGGAUGACACCUCUAGUGAACUUCAGUCAGAGCAGCUGGAGCUCACUAACGAAUAUUUACAUUCAAUGGCCCAGGAGUUCCGACCAUUCGGGUCAUACAAACACACUGGGUUGCAAUCCAUUCAAGAUCGACUUGGUGAUUACAAACACCGUACCGGGGAUCUUCCUGAUCCUUCCAUUCCACUGCUACUUGAGGCCAAGUGA